AUGUUCGGUCUUGCAGGAAGAAGGACAGCGCUUGCCCGGUCAAAAUGUCUUGCGCCGGCCGCGCUCCCGGCGCGCGCCGUGGCGAUCGCGCAAUCACCUUGCGCCAACGCCAGAGAGUUUUGCUCAACGCCGACGAAUGAGGCAUCUAGGCCGACGUGGAUGCCAAUGCGCGUCAAGACUCCUUGGAUCGAGGCCUUGACGCGGAGCCGUGAGGCAGCGCGCGAAUCCAAGGAGGGCGUGCAACCGAAAACGCCUGUUAAGCCGGAUCUUACGCCCAAGAAGAUGUCGGAUGGCUACUAUAGUGCUAUCUUGCCUCUGGCUCAAGACAAGUGGCUUUUAGAUACAUAUCUCAACGCCACUGGGCAUAUCCGACUUGGAUCCUUGGUCAUGGACCUUGAUGCAUUGGCUGGUAUUAUCGCACACCGUCACACUGGUGAUGGCGUCAGCACUGUGACUGCAGCUGUCGACCGGAUCACGAUCGAAAACCCGCUUAUGGAAAUCUGUGAUCUUGAGCUUAGUGGCCAAGUCUCCUAUGCCACUGGGCGGUCUAGUAUGGAAGUUUCCGUGCAGGUGUGCAAAGCGCGCCCAGAAGGACAACCGGCAAAGCCAGAUGAUGUCUUGAUUACCUGCGCAUUUACCAUGGUCUCCUUGGAUCCGGCUACGAAACAACCUGUUCCCGUGGCUCCGCUUGUUAUCGAAACGGAGGAGGAGAUGGCACUGUUCAAGAAAGGCGAGGAGAAUUACAAGGCCAAGAAAGCCCUGCGAAAACGCAGCUUGCUUCAGCAAGCACCCGACGAUGAAGAGUCCAACUUAAUCCACUCUAUGUGGACGAAGGAGAUGUCGUAUCUGAACCCCCAAGUCCCUGCUGUCCGCCCAGCCAACCAAAUCCCCAUGAGCGACACUGUCCUGAAAUCCGCCAUGAUCAUGCAACCCCAAGACCGCAACAGGCACAACUUCAUGAUCUUUGGUGGCUUCCUCCUCAAACAAACCUUUGAGCUAGCCUUCUGCUGCGCCGCAGCCUUCUCGCACACACGGCCCAAUUUCCUCGCGCUCGAUCCAAGUACUUUCGAGAACCCGGUACCUGUCGGCAGCGUGCUGUACCUGCGCGCCACAGUGGCCUACACUGAACCCGAGGAGCGUGAGGGUGGCCACAGUAAGUACACCAAGGUGCAGGUGCGCGUCGACUCGAAGGUCCGGGAUGUGGAGCACGGAACUAAGAAGUCAACCGGCAUGUUCAACUAUACUUUCCUUGUAGAGAAGGAUAUUCAUGUCAUGCCGAAGUCCUAUGGCGAGUUCAUGCUUUGGACGGAUGCUCGACGCCGCGCGCGAAAUGUGUCCACUGUUGACCCGGCGCACAAGACGAGUGCGUUGCGUACUAUCCAGGACAGUGUCACUGAGUAG